CAUCAUUUAAACAUGGCGGAACUGGAUAUUGGAAAACAUUGUGGUAUUGAAUCAUGCAAUCAAAAAGAUUUUCUACCGUUCGUGUGUAACAGCUGUUCUGGAGUCUUUUGUUUGGAGCACAGAAGCAGGCACUCCCACUCUUGUCCAGAGGUGCCAGUGAAGAAAGAGAUCACUGGCUCUGGGGGUACAACAUCAUAUCCAUGCAGCUUUGAGGAAUGCAAAGGGAGAGAAUUGCUGCCCGUCAUCUGCCCACACUGUGAAAAACUCUUCUGCCUUGCGCAUCGUCAUCAAGAUGACCAUAAGUGUGAAAAGCUGGAGACACCGAAGCCUCGCAUGGCAGCGACGCAAGAACUGGUGCAGAAGAUAGUGGAGUCAAAGAAGAACACACCAGCAAGUAAAGGCAGAAAAGGAGCAAAAAAUGCUGCGACAGCUGCAAAAGUUGCUCUGAUGAAGCUUAAGAUGCACGCAUCUGGAGACAAAGGCCUGCCACAGACUGAGCGGACUUAUUUCCAGGUGUUUCUGCCUAAAGAGGCUAAAGACUCUAGUUUACCAAUGUUCUUCUGUUCCAAAUGGAGUGUCGGCAAAGUGGUGGACUUUGCUGGAUCUCAGGCCAGUCUGAAGAACAACAAUAAUGUCCUCACAGCUAAGAAACUGCGUUUGUGUCAUCCUGAAACGGGGGAGGCCUUUAAGAUGGAUGAAAGCCUACAGUCACUGCUCUCCCACGCAGAGUGUCCUCUCCACAACGGAGGCAACGUCAUUCUGGAGUACCUAGAGAAUGAAAGCACUGGACUGGAUGAUGUCACUGCGUAUAUUCCUUCCUCCUGAUAGAAGAUUUAUCAAUUUUUUUUUAGAAGAGAUUUUUAAUAGUAAAGUGUGAAACAAAGGGUGUUACAUUGAUAACCAAAGGAUUGUUGUUUAAAGAUCAUUGGAUUCAUGCGGUUGUUUGCUAAAUUAAGUAAAAUAGAGAUUAGCUCAUUGACAACAUGAUCUAAACUAAUGCUUAAAAGGAUUUAUAAAUGUUUCCGUUUUGAAAGGUAAUUAUAAAUACAUUCAGGUAUUUUUAAUAAAUAUGAUUUAUAAACUCA